AUGAAGCAGUGGAAGCGGCUGACUAGGCUGGCGGCGAAGGGCAAAGCAGCCGAUGCGCGCACAGCGGAGAGGGCCUCGGGGACGCCGGCAGGCGCGCAGCAGGCGGGCGGAACGGGCAGAAUGAGAAGCAGCAGCGCGGCAGAGGGGAUAAGGGGCAUGGCGGUGACGCAGACAGACUCCAUAGAGGACGAGUUUCAACAGGGCUUGCAGGAGGUGGGGGAGAUGAGGGACAAAUACGAGCGCCUGCUGGCAGCCGUGGCGGACGCACAGGAGAGAGCAGCAGAGUGUGCGGAGGCGCUGCACCAGCUGGCGGCGGUGGUGGCGGACGCCUUUGGCGGAGUGGAGGAGGGCAGCGCCGGGGACACCCUCCUGGCCGCCGCCGCUGUCGAUGGCCUCUUAGCUGAGCUGCUCUACUUCCAUAGCCUGCACUUGCAGCAGACACUGGCGGAGCCAGCAGAGGCGCUGCUGGGGGAGAUGCAGCACGUGGUGGUGCCUCACUUGCAGCUGCCAGUUCGGGUUGAGGCUGCUGCGCCGGCCACCAGCAGCGCGUGGCUGAGCGGGGCGUGGCUGGCGGCGGGCGUGCUGCUCUUUCUCAUGCACGGCGUCCGCAUGUCCGCCUCCGAGGCCAUGCUGCGCACCGCUGUCAUCGCUGCCAUCCUCGCUGGCGCUGACGUGGCAGUCAAGGUGAGAGCCGUCUGCCCAUACUCCCCUUUGCAUGCCUCUCCCCUUCCACUCUCUCCUUCCCUCCCUUCUCAUUAUUACACGCCUCUUCCUCUCUUCCUCUCUGUGCCCUGCCACCGCACCUUCUUGCCACCACCACCCCCUCCAUCCCCCCCGUCCCCCGCUGCGUGCGCCAUGGCCAUGGCAGGCGUCGCUGGUGUUCCACCACACGCUGCCGCUCUUCCACCCAGCCCUUGCCGUUGCCACGCCGCCCGCCGUGUGGCUCUUCUGGCUCGCCCACGACGCCCUCCGUGCCGCCGUCUACGCCGCGUUGCUCUCCCUGCCACUCUCCCAGUGGCGCGACGCCCUCCCUGGUGGGUGGCAUUCGCUGUCUUAUUAGAAUGCUGCAGUAGCCGGGGCAGAGCGAGGCGGGUGGGUGAAGAGGGUGUGGUGGAUCAUGUUGCCAGCACAGGGUGUGGUGGAUCAUGUUGCCAGCACAGGGUGUGGUGGAUCAUGUUGCCAGCACAGGGUGUGGUGGAUCAUGUUGCCAGCACAGGGUGUGGUGGAUCAUGUUGCCAGCACAGGGUGUGGUGGAUCAUGUUGCCAGCACAGGGUGUGGUGGAUCAUGUUGCCAGCACAGGGUGUGGUGGAUCAUGUUGCCAGCACAGGGUGUGGUGGAUCAUGUUGCCAGCACAGGGUGUGGUGGAUCAUGUUGCCAGCACAGGGUGUGGUGGAUCAUGUUGCCAGCACAGGGUGUGGUGGAUCAUGUUGCCAGCACAGGGUGUGGUGGAUCAUGUUGCCAGCACAGGGUGUGGUGGAUCAUGUUGCCAGCACAGGGUGUGGUGGAUCAUGUUGCCAGCACAGGGUGUGGUGGAUCAUGUUGCCAGCACAGGGUGUGGUGGAUCAUGUUGCCAGCACAGGGUGUGGUGGAUCAUGUUGCCAGCACAGGGUGUGGUGGAUCAUGUUGCCAGCACAGGGUGUGGUGGAUCAUGUUGCCAGCACAGGGUGUGGUGGAUCAUGUUGCCAGCACAGGGUGUGGUGGAUCAUGUUGCCAACCUAUCUGCUGCUGUCGACCUCCUUGGUGCUGAGAAGGUCGCAGCUGCUUCAGCUCCGAGUGGGGAGCGCACCGGCUUCAGGGGAGGCAAGGGUGGCAAGGGUGGCGGACGUGGCGGUGGAGGGGGCGGUGGUGGAGGCGGCGGGGGCGAUGGAGGCAGUGGCAGUGGUCGUGGGGGUGGGGGUAGUGGUGGGGGCGGUGGUGGUGCCGGGAGCAGUGGCGGUGGCGGCGGCGGUGGUGGCGGAGGGGGGAGUGGUGGUGGCGGCGGUGGUGGGGGCUUGGGUGAGGCCGGUGGUGGCCAGGGACAGCAGCAGCAGCAGCAGAAGCAGAAGCAGCAGCAGCAGCAGUAG